AUGCUGGAUCCAAAUUCUUGUAACUUUGAUGGCUCUUAUGCAGAUAUUUUAGUGCAGUUUGUCUAUCAACAAAUAAGCGAUGCUCAAAUUGUUUUUCUUCUACCAAAUUGUGAAAGCAUUAAUCAUUUAGUAAUUUUUUUAACUGGAAGUCAACCUUUCCCUGAAGGUUAUGCUGCUUCUAUCUACUUAUGCUGGCCAAAUUCUGAGGUAGCAUGGCAUAUGUUAGGUUUUGUUUCAAAUGAUAAACCUAGCGCUGUGUUUAAAAUUGCCAAGAAAAAUGAUAAAAAGUGUAAAUUUACUCAAAUAUUCAAAUGUGAUGUGCCAGUACCAGAUCCUAAAAAUAGUGGCACUCAAAUGAACAUUUUUGAUGGUGCUCAUCCAGUCAACUGUAAUGCUACUGCACAAGUUGGUAUAGCUAUAGAACCUUUAAAUGAGGUUUUGCAGAAGACUCCAACAAAUACAGAUAUUUCUACAUUAAGUUCAUUUGUUGAAUUCACACAAAAAAUGAUGAUUAAUGCAUUUAAUUAUUGUUGUUCUUUUGCUGUGCAACAAAGUCAAAUUUCGUCAAAUGAAAUGUUCAUUCCAAUCAGCUCCUUACAGAAAUGGUAUGAACUGUUUCAAAGAAAGUUAGAGAUGGACCCAAACUUUUGGAAAAGUUUGUAA